UUCAAUUCCCGCGCUUUACGAUCACUUUGUCUACAACAACACGAGUGCUCAACUGUUCUGAUAAGAAGUGCUCUCCCCUCAGUAAAAUCAUGGCAGAGGAAACAUCUUCAGAUCCCUUUUCCACUGCAACCAGCCCCUCCCGGCCAUCACGAGGUCGACGAAGCAGUCGUGGUGAUCCCAUCACCUCCAGUCCAGGGCGUGAUCUGGCACCGUUCGAGGAUGAGUCUGAACUUGGUAAUCCCGAGGAGGAGGAAGAUGGGGAGGAGUUGUUCGGAGACAACCUUGAGAGGGACUACCAGACAAUCCCUGCCCUUGACCGGUAUGACCAGGACAACAUGGACAACGAGGACUACUCGGACAUAUCUGAGUCUCAGCGCCAAGCUGCCGAGAGGGAGAUCCGACAGCGAGAGAGGGAAGAGGGCAUCACAGCUGGACGUAUGCGGAGAGGUCUUAUAUAUGAGGAUUCUGAUGAUGAUGAAGACCGCCCUGCUCGUAAACGUCGGAUGGCUGAAAGGGCAGCAGAGGGUGAUGUUGAUGAAGAAGAGAUGAUUGAGAGUAUUGAGAACCUGGAGGACAUGAAGGGUCACACAGUCCGCGAGUGGGUCACCAUGUUGGCACCCAAGACGGAAAUCAAAAACAGGUUUAAGAACUUCCUGCGAACGUAUGUCGAUCAAAAGGGCCACAACGUCUACAGGGAAAAGAUCAGACAGAUGGUUGAAGCCAACAAGGAAAGCCUGAUUAUCGACUACAACAUGUUGGCGUCUGUGGAACAGGUGUUGGCCUAUUUCCUGCCCGAGGCGCCUGCGGAGAUGCUGCAGAACUUUGACGAAGCGGGGAAGGAGGUGGUGUUGAGCAUGUACCCCAAUUACGAGAGAAUAGCCAAGGAAAUCCGUGUCCGGAUAGCUGAGCUUCCCCUGAUUGAAGAUCUCCGAUCUCUCAGACAACUUCACCUGAAUCAGUUGAUCCGCACCAGCGGCGUGGUGACCAGCACCACCGGCAUCCUCCCUCAGCUGAGUGUCAUCAAGUACGACUGUAACAAGUGUAACUUCAUCCUCGGCCCUUUCUACCAGACACAGAACCAGGAGGUCAAACCAGGGUCGUGCCCAGAGUGUCAGUCCACGGGACCCUUCGAAAUCAACAUGGAACAGACCCUGUACAAGAACUACCAGAGGAUCACACUGCAGGAGAGUCCGGGCAAAGUGCCAGCAGGGCGUCUGCCGCGAUCGAAGGAUGCCAUCUUGCUGGAUGACAAUGUCGACACAUGCAAGCCUGGAGAUGAAAUUGAACUUACGGGUAUAUAUCACAACAACUAUGACGGGUCCCUGAACACAUCAAACGGGUUCCCGGUGUUCGCUACUGUCAUACAAGCAAACUACAUCACAAAGAAGGAUGACAAGAUGGCUGCAGCCUGCUUGACAGAUGAGGACAUUAAAGCUAUUGUUGCACUGUCCAAGGAUGAGCGAAUUGGAGAAAGGAUUUUUGCCAGUAUGGCGCCUUCCAUCUAUGGCCAUGAGGAAAUCAAGAGGGCCAUCGCUUUGGCAAUAUUUGGUGGACAGCCUAAGAACCCAGGUGGCAAGCACAAGGUGCGAGGAGACAUCAACGUGUUGGCUUGUGGAGACCCCGGCACGGCCAAGUCCCAGUUCCUCAAGUACGUGGAGAAAAUGGCAGCUCGAGUAGUGUUUGCUACUGGUCAGGGUGCUUCUGCUGUGGGUUUGACUGCAUACGUCCAGAGGAAUCCUGUGUCCAAGGAGUGGACGCUAGAGGCAGGUGCUCUUGUGUUGGCUGACAAAGGAAUCUGUCUGAUUGAUGAGUUCGAUAAGAUGAAUGAUGCUGAUCGUACCAGUAUUCACGAAGCUAUGGAGCAGCAGAGUAUAUCAAUAUCCAAGGCAGGCAUUGUGACGUCGCUUCAGGCACGGUGCACCAUCAUCGCAGCUGCUAACCCCAUCGGAGGAAGAUACGACCCCUCGCUCACAUUCUCAGAAAAUGUUGAUUUAACGGAGCCCAUAUUGUCCAGAUUUGAUAUCCUGUGCGUUGUACGAGACACGGUGGAUCCAGUGCAGGAUGAACGUCUUGCAAAGUUUGUGACGAGCAGUCAUAUGAAGCACCACCCUAACUCUACAGAACAGACCGAGGACUUGCUGGAGAACUUAAACAACACUGGCAUUGAGCCAAUUCCCCAGGAGUUGUUGAAGAAGUACGUGAUCUACGCCAAGGAGAAGGUGCACCCCAAACUACACAACAUGGACCAGGACAAAGUGGCCAGGAUGUACGCAGACCUCCGGCGAGAAUCUAUGGCAACGGGCAGCAUCCCGAUCACAGUGCGACACAUUGAGUCGAUGAUCCGAAUGGCCGAGGCCCACGCCAGGAUGCACCUGCGUGACUACGUCAACGAGGACGAUGUCAACAUGGCCAUCCGCAUCAUGCUGGAGAGUUUCAUCAGCACACAGAAGUUCAGCGUCAUGAGGAGCAUGAGAAAGACGUUCGGCCGCUACCUCUCCUUUAGGAAGGAUAACAACGAGCUGCUUCUUUUCAUCUUGAAGCAGUUGGCCCAGGACCAGAUGGCGUUCCAGCGCAACCGAUACGGCAUGGAACAGGACUCCAUUGAGAUAUCUGAGAAAGAUCUUGCAGAUAAGGCACGACAGAUCAACAUUCACAACUUGACGUCCUUCUACGACAGUGACAUCUUCAAGGUCAACCAUUUUGCACACGACACAAAGCGCAAGGUCAUCCUUCAAAGUUUUUGAAGCAGUGAUUCCAUACCUGACCAUGCAAGCAAAACUCGAAGAAAUGUGACAUUUGUCGUGCGUUAGGAGGGGACAGCUUCACUUGAAUAAUGUGGAGUGUCUUUUCAGCAAGCAAAGAUAAAUCUAAUGUGCGUGCUUAAUAACCUGUGGGGGAACAGGGUAAGAGGAGGUCCACAGCAACCUUUGCAAGAUGCAAGUCAAUCAACCGGAUGGUCAGACUCAGUGACCUGGUUGACUGUCUUCAUACCAUCUACCGUCACUGGAUUGUCCAGACUGUUUCACAGGCACCUGUCAUACAGCUGGAAUAUUGUGGAGUAUGCGUUAGUCUACACACAAACAUGCUUGAGAGACAAAUUGUGACUACUGAAAAGAUGACCCAGCUGAACAUUUCUUCAAAUGUUUAUUCUGUAUAAAUGUAAGUUUUUCAAAGCUGUAGUGUACCUAUUGUACAUUAUGUAAAUGUAUGUGAACUGGAGGAUGAAUUGUCUUGUUUGAAUGUACAUAAAUUGAACAGCAAAACA